UUUAUACAAAGCACAGCGUGAAAUUUGUGCGCGACCAAAAAACUUGUACAUAUUGUCGAUUUAGUAUAAUUUAUGUUUAUGAAGUGACUGAGUCAGUAUUUGAUAGUUUUAUUUAUAAUUUGUUUGUUUUCGUUUAUUUAUGAGUUACACUUUUAUUAAAUUUAAAUUUUAAAUUUCUAUACCAAAGAUAUGAGUAGGUUCAACAUAUUCAGUUUUUUGGAAAUGCUUCUAGCAUUGUGCUGUGUACUUGCAGUUACAUCAGCAUCUUCAGACCCAGUUAUAGUCUCCAGAGAAGAAUGGCAAGCCCGCGCUCCUAAAUCCAUAGAAAAUAUGGCGAACCCAGUGCCUUACGUAGUUAUCCAUCACAGCUAUUUACCACCAGCUUGUCACAAUUUAACCGAUUGUAUCAAAGCUAUGCAUUGGAUGCAAGACCUUCACCAACAAACCAACGGUUGGGCGGACAUUGGUUACAAUUUUGCUGUUGGCGGUGAUGGUAGAGCUUACGAAGGGAGAGGAUGGUCCAGAGUUGGUGCUCAUGCUCCCUUUUACAAUAGCAAAAGUAUUGGAAUAUGUAUCAUUGGAGAUUGGACAGUUGAACUUCCACCAGAAUAUCAGCUAACGACAGUUCAUGAACUGAUACAAAAAGGAGUAAGAGAAGGAUACAUCCAGAAGGACUACAAAUUGGUUGGCCAUAGACAGGUUAGAGCUGGUACCGAAUGUCCGGGUGAGAGACUCUUCCAAGAGAUACACAAGUGGCAGAAUUUUUGUGAACAACCAGAUGAAGUUGCCGUAAGAACAAAUAACACUUGGUUCCUUAAAACUGCACAUGACAAUAGUAGAGAUAAGGAAGAUAAAGAUGAAGACACUAAUGACAAUGGUAUUAAUAGGUUAGAAAAAAGAACUGUUUAGAUUUAUGUAAUAUAUUUUAUUUAUUAUU